AAUGACCUCAAAUUCAAAUCACAACAGAAAAGCAACAAGUGUCAGCCGUCAGGUGCUGUUGUUAUAAACAACAAUUAAACCUGCUAAUAUGCCCUAAUUGUUGGUUAUUAAACCAGACAACUGAGUCAGUCUUCUAGUUUUCAAGAUCUUUUAAUACUUCCAAGGUUAAAUUUAAGUUGAAUAAUUCCUGAUAUGUAGAAGUCAUCUCGUAUCAACAGAAUAUAGGUUAGAAAUUCCAAUUCUUCCGUUGCACUUGUUGAUACGGUUGAAGUAACUACCUGUUGAAUGAGAUAAAAAUCAAGUAUUGAAGACCGCAAUGAUGCACCCUUGGAAAAAAAUUGAGAAUGAGAAUGGCUUGCCACUAUAUUUCAAUGAUGUUACAAAAGAGAAACAAUGGAAUCAUCCUAGAUUUUCUGAAAUAAAACAGAGAUUAGACGAAUGUAACUAUGUCCGAUAUUCGACUUACAGGGUUGCUAUGAAAUUUCGUGCAUUGCAGCAAGCUUUAUCGAUGGAUCAUGUACCUCUUACUCUAGUUGGAGGUGUAUUUGAAAGACAUAAACUUGGUGCCAAUGAAGGAGGAUUAUUCUUAGAUUGUUAUGAUUUGGAAGCUAUCCUACAUGACAUAUAUUUUGCUUGUGAUAAACAGAACCAAGGCAGUAUAGAUGUUGAAACAUCAACAGAAUUAAUGUUGAAUUUACUCAUAAAUGUUUAUGAUAGUGAAAAAACUGGGAAAAUCCAGGUUUUAUCAGCUAAAUUAAUGUUAGCUAUUCUUAGCACUUAUAAUCCUACAGAUCUAUACCGGUUCCUAUUUGAAUUGAGUGCAGAUCACAAUUAUUGUGUGACAAGACUGAGAUUGCAACUUUUAUUGAAGAAAAUAACAGAAAUGGUAGAUUUUCUUCAUGAGGAUUCCAAUUUUGGUCAACAUUUAAUUACUAGUUCUUUAGAUUGCUGUUUUUCUCAGUCUCCUGGAAUGAUAGGAAUCACAGAAGGCCUUUUCAUGUCUUGGUUCAGAAAAGGACCUCAAAUGCUAGCAUGGUUGCCAAUUUUAACAAAAAUAAAAUUGGCAGAGGCAGUACGUCAUAACACUAAAUGUUCAUCUUGUAAAAUCAAACCUUUUUCUGGUUUACGAUAUACCUGCCUGAAAUGUGCUAAUUACAAACAGUGUCAAAGAUGUUUCUUCACUGGAAAAACAGAUGGUGCUCAUAAACUAUCACACUCGAUGAGGGAAUACUGUAUUGAGGAAAAUGGAAAAAAAAAGAAAAAUAUUUUUCUUAAAAGAAUUUUUGGCAUAUUGAGAUGUUCUUCUAACAGAAAAAGAACAAGAGAAACAGAUUUGAAAGAAGAUUCUUCAGGGAAUGAUAAUAAAACUUUCAACAUGGAGUGCCAGAAUGAUGAUAUCAAAAGUGAAAUUUCUGAUCCAUCUUCGCCUCUGGGCCAACUUCAAGUUAUAAUUCGUCAACUAGAACAACAGAACAGAGAAUUGAGUACGAUUUUAUCUUCCGGCGACCAUAACACUGAAGAUAUAAGGACAUAUAUGAGAUGUCACAAAGCACAUGUGUCCACUCAAAUAAACAAACUAAAAGUUUUAAAGGAGUACCUUAAGUUAUCCGAUGAUGAAUCUCCCACCAAAACGGACAAAAUCCACAUUCAGUCCACCCCCCGGAUAAUGAAUGGGGUCAAGUCUAGAAUAAUUUCCAAAGAGAUGAAUUUCCUCAGUCCCAUCGUGCAGAACGAAGGGAAUUGCAGUGAUUCGGAUGAUGGAAAUAUAAGUGUAUUAGAUUCUCUCCACUCAAAUCGAAAUAAUGAGGUGUUUCCUGAAAAUACAGUGUCCAAUACCAAGUACACUUUGAACGACAUCAGUAGUUGGAUAGGAGAUAACCCAUCCCAGUGUCCAGAUAUAUUCACAAACAAAUCAAGUUUGUUUUUGGGACGAAAAAUGCAUACAGAUUUAGACAAAGCUCUUGUCAAGCUUGAGCAAAUACUAGCCAAUAAUUUUACUCUAGAUGAAUCCCUGGUUAAUUAUGACAAUGGACAACUGAAAUAUGCUGUUUCGGAAGUAGAGGGCAUGCUUACAUCUUUCAUUGACACAGUAGAAACCAGUAGGGCUAGUUCGGCUCAUGGUACUAUCAACAAAUAUUGAUUUUUUUUGGAAAGUUUGAAAUUCAUGUGCAAGAACCAGUACCAAAGUUAAAAUUUUAAAAGCAAUAUAAAAGAUAAUUUUAAGAAAUUUUAUAUCCCUAUAGGCUAUAAUGAAAUCAAUCUGUAUAUUUUGAGUUGAAUAAAUUUAUAUUUAUGAAUAUAUAUUAUAUUGUACAUAGAUUUAUCUGAUGAAAUAAAACAUGUUUCUUAUUUGU